CCUCACCUCGCCCUCGAACAUUCCCAUCUCUGUGCACAGGAUCUCACCUUCCCUUUUUCUUACACCACCGAGCUGCCUUGCUGGCCUUCCCUGACUAGCAUCGCACCUCGACGCCCUUGAAUGCUGGGCCUCAUCCAAUCGACAACACGGUCACGCCUAGCCGGUGUGCGCCUUCUUUCUCAGACUGGUCGACGAGCCCUACUCGCCACACCCAGCGCUGCGCCAGCAAUAGCAACUGCGUCCGCAAAGGCUGUACCUGCUCGCCUCUCUCACAACUCAAGUCGAUUGCCCAACAACAAUCGCCCCGCCACGACAAUGACCGCCCCUUCGCAGGGCAGCUCGAGGUCGCUCGCCACUGCCGUAUCCGGCACCACAGCUCCUUCCUCAUCCUCGCUCGCUCCCCCUCUGCAGUCUCUGCCUCCCGGUUUUGAGGUCAAGACUGCAUCCACUGCUUCCUCAUCUUCAUCCUCAUCUCCCGCGCCAUACGCCCUCUUCACGCGCGAUCUCGAGAAGUCGCUCCUCGAUGACCGGCAAUAUCGCAUCGUCUGCCUCGCCAACGGCCUCGAGGUACUCCUGAUCCACGAUCCGGCUACGGACAAGGCAUCAGCAGCCAUGGACAUUCGAGUUGGACACCUCUCAGACCCAGAGGAUUUCCAAGGUCUUGCCCACUUUUGCGAGCAUCUCCUCUUCAUGGGCACAGAGAAGUACCCUCGUGAGAACGAAUACUCCGAGUUUCUCUCCAACCAUUCCGGUUCUUCCAACGCAUACACGGGCAUGGACAACACAAAUUACUUCUUCGACGUCGGCCAUUCUCACCUUGAAGGCGCACUGGACCGCUUCUCGCAAUUCUUCCUCACGCCCCUCUUCGACGCCAGCUGCACAGAGAGGGAGAUCCGAGCAGUUGACUCGGAGCAUAAGAAGAAUCUCCAGUCAGACGCUUGGAGGGCUUUCCAGCUCGAAAAGUCCCUCUCAGAUCCCACACAUCCUUAUUCGCACUUUGGUACGGGAAGCGCAAAGACAUUGUGGGACGAGCCGCGUCAGAGGGGCCAAGACGUGCGUGACGAGCUGCUCCGCUUCCACGAGCGCUACUACUCGGCCAAUGUCAUGAAGCUCGUCGUUCUCGGUCGCGAGUCUCUCGAUCAGCUCACAGAGUGGGCGGUCGACAAGUUUUCUGGCGUGAGGAACAAGGGGCUCGCUGCACCUAGCUGGCCGACCUCGCCGCUGGGCAAGGAGCAGAUGUCCACGCAGGUCUUCUUCAGGACGGUCAAGGACAUUCGUCUGCUCGACAUCUCAUUUCCCAUUCCGGAUCAGUCGCCCCUCUUCCGUAGCAAGCCGGGCCAAUUCAUCUCCCACUUCAUCGGGCACGAGGGGCAAGGGUCCAUUCUCAGCCACCUCAAGAAGCGUGGAUGGGCCAACCACCUGAGUGCUGGGGGUACCAACGGCGCUGAUGGCUUUGAGUUCUUCAAGAUCAGCAUCGACCUCACAAAGGACGGCCUGCAACAUUACCAAGACGUCGUCUCGGCCGUAUUCCGCUACCUUGACCUGCUCAAGCAGUCGUCCAUCCCUGAGUGGACGUACAAGGAGGUGGCCAGCCUCUGUGACCUCGCAUUCCGCUUCAAGGAGAAGGUACCUCCAUCGAGCUACACAUCUGGUCUCUCAUCGCAGAUGCAGAUCAACUACCCUCGCGAGUGGGUCCUCUCUGGGCCGUACUUGACGAGGGAGUUCGACCAGGACCUCAUCCGCAACACGCUGGCUUGCCUCUCGCCUGAGCGAUGCCGAGUCAGCAUCGCUGCGCAGGAGUGCCCAGAUGGCAGCAAGGCGUGGGAUCAAAAGGAGAAAUGGUACGGGACCGAGUACAAGCUUACGCCCCUGCCGACAAAUCUGUUGACCUCGAGCGCAGCAGCAGAUGCGUCGAUGUCGUCAACCCAAUCGUUUGAGGACCUCUCACUUCCCGAGCCGAACAGCUUUAUACCUCAAAGCUUUGACGUAGCCAACGGAGGCUCAAAGCAGCAAGGGCCCUUCAGGCCGACAAAGAGACCAGUUCUCCUCAAGCACACGCAGCUCUCUCGUUUGUGGCACAAAAUGGACGACCAGUUCUUCCUGCCCAAGGCCAACGUCUUCACCCUGCUGCGCUCUCCGCUCAUCGACGCUACACCUGCAAAUGCUGUCAAAUCGCGCGUCUUCGUCGAGCUGCUCAAGGACGCCCUCACCGAGUACUCGUACGACGCCGAGCUGGCCGGGCUGGGCUACAACAUCGAGGCACAGGCGGACGGCUUCGGCAUCAGCGUCGACGGCUACAAUGACAAGCUGCCCGUGCUCCUCGGUCAUAUCUUGAAAGCUGUCCGCAACUUCGAGGUUGACCCGGCCCGCUUCGAGAUCAUCAAGGACACGGUCGCCCGUGGCUACGAGAACUUCCGCCUCGAGGCCCCCUAUCAGCACGCCAACUACUAUACAACUUAUCUGACGGUGGAGCGCAUCUGGACCCCCGAGGAGAAGCUGCGCGAGCUGAAGCGCAUGCAGUCCUCAGACGUACAGCGCUUCAUCCCUGACUUACUUGCCCGCCUGCACAUUGAAAUGUUGGCGCAUGGCAACCUGACCUCGAGCCAGGCCACAUCUCUGGUCGACCUCGCCGAGUCUACCCUCCAAGCUCAGCCACUCUCCCCCGCUGAGCUCAUCUCGCCACGCUCCUUGCUCCUGCCCGUCCCCUCGGAGACGCGUUGGCGCAAGCAGGUCAAGAAUCCAGAGAAUGUCAAUUCGAGUAUCGAAGUCUACUGCCAAGUCGGCGACGUUGGCGAUGCUCGCAAGCGUGCCACUCUCGGCCUCUUGAGCCAGAUCGCAUCAGAACCCGUCUUCGACCAGCUCCGUACCAAGGAACAGCUAGGCUACCUCGUGUUCUCCUCUGCGCGCAAGUCUGUCGGUUCAAUGGGUUUCCGCGUCCUCGUCCAAUCAGAGCGCGAUGCCUCGUACCUGGAGUCGAGGAUCGAGGCCUUCUUCGAGCAGUUCAAGGGCAUCCUGGAGAACAUGUCUGCAGAGGAGUUCGAGAAGCAGCGCACCUCGCUCAUCAACAAGAAGUUGGAGGUGGUCAAGAACCUCGUCGAGGAGAGCACGCGUUUCUGGUUCCACAUCCACUCGGGAUACUUUGACUUCCUACAGAGGGAGAUCGACGUUGAGCAUCUGCGCUCGCUGAACAAGCAGGAUGUCCUCGACUUGUUCAUGAGGCAUAUUCACCCUUCGAGCCCUGAGCGCGCCAAGCUGGCUGUGCACAUCCAGAGCCAGGUCAAGCCAAAGGCAUUCUCCAUCGCCGCAGCACAGGCGCUCAAGGCCGCUUUCCCUGCCAAGCUGGCCUCGGCGCCUCAGCCUCCUGCAGAGGCGUGGGAGAUGCUCCUCUCUGGCAACUCCAGCGUCGAAGCUGUGAAGGACUUCCUCAAGGAGUCAUUCAGCGCCGGCGGUGCGGCUAGCGAGCUGCUCGAAGAGGCUAACAAGCUUGUCGACUCCCUCGCGGCAGAACACCCCGGCGAGGCCGUGUCAUCCUCAAGCAGCGAAGCGCUCAUCUCACAGGAGGGCGUCACGGAGGUAGCAGAGGAUGAACCCACAAUGUUCAAGGCGGGGCUAGUGCCGAGCAAGGCGGCACAGCCUGUCCGGGCCUGGAAGGAGUUUGAAGGAGAGCCGGAGAGAAGAGAGGUCACAGAGAAGGAAAGCGAGGCCGAGUCAUCGGCGAAGAAGACGGCGCAUCUGUAGGCAGUCGUGCACGCUACCCGAUGGAGCAUCGGAUUGUAUGGUAGAGCUAGACCUAUCCUUGCGAACACUAUCUGCUGCGAUUCUUGCCGAAUGUGAUACACUACUUCUCAUCCUCCCCGCUUUGCUGCUUCAUACAGACAC